AUCCACUACAACUGCCUGUCCAGCUGGACAUCACGAGCAUGGCCGACUCAUCACCACCAUUCUACCUGCUUGGACCAGUGUGGUAUGGAGCCAAAAGCCACGAUAACAACAGCAACACGCUCCAUGGAGCCCCGAAAUAUGCGAGCCGCCACUACCUCCUCAAAUGGCAAGAGGUAUUACUGUUCAAGGAACUCGAAAAAUUCAAGUUCAAGAACUCGGAUUGGCUCUCAGCAUUCAAGGAGGACAAGCUGUACAGGCAGACUCUGAUUGAGCGGAUGUACCCAGCUCAGACACCCAAGACCGAGGACGACAUAGAGUGGUUCGAGCAGAAACUGGAAUACUUGCUGAAGAACCCCAACGCUUCCAAGUGGCACACCUCUGUCGAUCUGCCUCUUAAGUAUCCUCCGCCCCCGGGCGUACUAGAUGCAGACGGCGAGGAAGCAGCAACAGAUGCCAGAACACAAGCACCUCAGCAAGCUCGCCGCCUCGGCUCCGAGUGGGAUUCGGGAAGCAGCCCUUCAACGCCGCAGCCCACUCCCGGUCCCCCAUCACUUGAGCGUUCCGUACAACGGGCCAGGCGUGGGGUUCCUUUUGGCCUUGACGACGUGGCGUCCUCAUCUGGACAUCAGAGCGCAGGAGGAAACAGUCCUAGCAUAGGAGAACAGGUUUUGAAUGCUACUGCAAGCACUGGUUUCAAACACAGUAUGCCUAGUCCUCGGGUUGAGGUCCGGGGAUCGGCAGCCAGCGCUAUGGCUCGGCCUGAAACUGCCUCGGAGGAGGAAGAGCAGGAUUUACGUCAAGAUCGCCACUCAGUUCUGACUGGUCUUACGAACCUGCUCAGUAGCCUAGACUUAAGCGAGAAGGAGAAAGCAGCCAAAGCGAAGCGCAAGGCGAGGAUGCGGGCAUCGGAGGAGUUCUAGACUCUGUAUCUUCGACAGGAAGAUAAAGACCUGUAUGGAAAGUCUCAAAAAGUCUGGGGCUAUCGUAGUAGAAGCGUGACAAUGAGGGACCGUCGGCUCCGGCAAUAGCAAUAUCUUGAUUUC